AUGGCCAACCAAAGCUUCGUGACCGAGUUCCAGCUCUUAGGAUUCUCUGAAGUGUUAGAGUUGCACAUGUUGUUCUUUAUGGGGUUCUUGCUCGUCUACCUGGCUGCUGUGAUUGGGAAUCUUCUGAUAGUAGUUGUCGUAGCCUCCAACCGGCACCUUCAAACCCCCAUGUAUUUUUUCCUGGUGAAUUUAAACAUAGUUGACCUUAGUUUCAUCUCCGUCACCAUUCCCAAGGCUAUGGCUAACUCUCUGAUGAAGACUAGGAUUAUUUCAUAUUAUGGAUGUAUGGCACAAGUCUUCUUCUUCUUUUGGGCAGGGGCAUCAGAGUUCUUUCUCCUCACAAUGAUGGCCUAUGAUCGCUAUGUUGCCAUCUGCAACCCACUGAACUAUGUGAUGGAAAUGAACAGGGAAGCCUGCAUCAAAAUGGCAGCCACUGCUUGGAUCUUUGGGCUUUUUGAUGCCACAUUGAACACUGCUUGCACAUUUGCCAUCACUUUCUGCUCCAAUACCAUUAAUCAGUUCUUUUGUGAAAUCCCACAGCUGCUGAAGCUUUCCUGUUCCAACUCCUACUUCCUUGAAAUUGGGGCUCUCAUCUUUACUGUAUUGAUAUGUAUCAGCUGUUUUGGUUUCACAAUUAUUUCCUAUGUGCACAUUUUUAGAGCUGUGUUUAAUAUCCCCUCUGCACAGGGGAGGAAAAAAGCUUUCUCCACUUGUGUGCCCCACCUUUUUGUACUCUGUUUGUUCUAUUUCACUGGAGUCUAUGCCUGUUUGGGGACAACCUUUAGGUCUUCAUCAGGCUUGGAUCUGCUGCUUGCAGUGCUAUAUUCAGUGGUCCCUCCUUUCAUGAAUCCUAUCAUUUAUAGCAUGCGGAACAAGGAGAUCACAGCAGCACUUUGGAGACUUUCACAUAAAAAAAGAAAUUUGAUUUCCAUGCAGAAACAUGAUAGCAGCCACUAA